UGAGUAGGGUGAGAUGGAAACGUAACUGCAGUGGCUCUUCCCCUUUCUGUGUUCCCACAGGUUGGAAUUCCUAUGUUAAAGUGAAUUACAUAUAACCUUUUCAGAUUCUGCUGUGAAUCCUUGUGUUAUGAAUACUUUCCACAGAAAGGAUUUACCAGAAGAAAGGAUCUGUAUCUGAAUGUAAAGCUGUGUUAGAACAGCUGUAUCGAGGUGUAGCAUCAAGGGCACUUUCUGUGUCCCUAAUUCAGAUGACUUUUCAUCUCUAGAAGAAUAACCAGAGAAUUUUUUAUUACUUCUGCCAAUAAGUGUAUAAAUAGCAUGUUUGUCUAACAAUUGAACAAAAAUGCUUAAAAUUUAAGGGGUUUUAAUCAUAAAUUUGGAAUGUUUAUCUAGCAACGUAGACAUUGCUGCUGAGGUCAAUGGUUUUUCUAAGGAAUGCUCGAGAGCAAAGAUUAAAUGCAGUGUGUAUUUUCCCAGUGGAUUCAACACUGUGCUGUACACAAGCUGGUCACUUCAUUCUUUGUUCAGUAAGCUUUCAUUACAUCUGCCUUUAGAGGUAUUAGGGCUGAGUUAUGAUGUUAUCGCAUCUCAGGAGUUUCAUUAAUGUAGUGGUCUGGAUUCUUUAGAUAUCCAACACUGCAAAUUAAGUGCCAGGGUCUGGAGAUUUCCAGACUGUUCCGUGGUACAUUGAAAUCACAAGAAGCUUCAGUGAUUCAGGCCCAGAUCAGCCCUGAGACUUUGUCCUAAGUGUUUGACAUUAUUGUAAUACAUUGUGAUAAUCUGAUUUCUUUUUCUUUAUCAGUGUCAUGAAAGACUCAAAUGCCAUGGUGUGCCGCAAGUGUUUUGAAAUGGAUCCCACCCAUCAUAAGCAUUCAGAAGGGUUACUUAAUUCCAUUGUGCCUGAGUUUUGAAAUAAAUGAGAGGAAAAAAACCAUUGUGAUCACAUCAAUGUGAUGGUAGACAAAUGUAGUCCAGUUUUCAAAAUUAGUCUUAAAUUUGACUUAUGCUAGAAGUUUUCUGGUGUAAUUAUGUUAGGGUUGUCUUUUCACCUAUUGUGUUUGCAGUAUAUAUUUGUAUGAGCUAAAACCCCAAUACAGAUGCAGUUAUAGCAGCAAAAGACAGUUGUUGUGAUGAGUUUAUAAUAAAUGCAGGGAAGUGGAAUGAGUAACUUAGCACCUUUGACUGCAGGGUUUUUUGAAACAGCAGAUGAUAAGUUGGAAUCACAGAUCAUUGCUAGAGUAAGUAGAGAAUGUUUCUGAAGUCCCUAAAUGUUCAUCUACUUAAUCACUACUGACUUGGGGUACAUGCAGUGAAAAUUGAGUUUCAGUAGAAAUGGUGUAGAACCAAUAGACGUUAAUAGCAAAUUUGGCUGUCAUGGAGGAAUUUUAUAAAACCAUGCUCUAAAAAGUCAUAGAUUCCAGGUGUCAAUCCUACAAUAAAACCUAUGUACUAUGCUAUACAAAAAUCCACUAUCUCAGAGGAUUCUCCAUAUAGGCAUAAAUAUAAGCCACAUAUUUUAGGGUCAAGGCUGCAGUCCCUCCACUGAAAUGUUGAGCACCUUUGAUACUGAGGAAAGGAUUAUGUGGUGUUAAUACAAAACUAAAUCAGUUCUGCUCGGCUUCCACAACUAGGAGAUAAAGUGGCUCUAUUGCCCUUCCAGGUAGAGCUAAUGUAAUAUUUACAAAUAAAAUGUAUAAAACUAACAACAGUAGUCUAAAAAAGUAAAAUGAAAGUUAACAUCAGGUGGUGUUGGACAAAUUAUAAUCACAUAACAUAUCCCAAAUUACAAACAUGAUCCUGAGACAUUAAAGUGAGUGACAUUUGAUAGUUUGUGUACAGUCAUUGUGUUUUAUUUUCUAUGGGGGCUAACAAUUUAUGUGGUUUCAAACUGGCUUUUAUUGUGUUUCAGCUGCUGCUUGCUGAAGCAAGUACUGACACUAGUAAGAUGCGUGGCCACUUGUACCUGGGUUAUCAGCCUGAUGUUUAAGUCCACGCUUAGCUGAAGGAAUCAGAAAUCUGGUAUGGUUUUUGUAGGCACACAACUAGGAACAAGAGUGUGGCUCUUAACCAACUGGUCAUUCAUGAUUGAAAUAUUAUACAGUUUAAGGAAAUGUGAAUACCUUACUCUAGCCACAGUUCACCAAGUUCAAGUGAACCUCUUGGAGGUACUAGAAGAAAAACAUGCCUACUAAUUCAAAAUACAAAACACAAGCAGAAAUAUUUUGCAAGAAGUCAGUGAGUCAUAUUUUCCUCAUAAAAUUGCUGAAACCAUUGUGCCCAGAAACAAUUAAAUAUGUGACUAGGGCUGGAAAAGUUUAGCCAUAAACACAAACAGACACCAGUUUUUUGUUUGUGGAGGAUGAAGGUUCUUUGGCUUGAGGAAUAUCCUAAUACCAACAGAGACAAAGCAGACCAUGCAGUUUGAGCGUGCUCAUGGCUGCAUAGAAGGUCAAAUGUUUGGCUCUGUGUGCCUGGAUGCUUGGUAACACUGCAGGUUAAAUGCUAAUAGUUUAAUAUGGCAAAUCACUGAAACAGGGACAAACAUACUCUUUUAAUUUGAAGAAAAUGCUUAUUUGAUUUGUAUUAGAAAUACAUUUCCAAGACCUGAAUUCUCAGUCUUACAAAAUCCUUUGUAUUAAAAUGUUUGAGUCAAUUAGUACGUGGCACUUGGGAGAUCUGUUUGAGACUCACAAGCUUUAUAAGACUUUUUCAAGACUCCUUUUGUUUUUAUCAGUAGUUCAGUGUUUCUCUUGCCCCAGCAAUAGACUCCUGCAGUUUGGCCUGGUAUUUUUAUGCUCUACAAAUGCCAGCCAUGAUAGCUACUGUAUUCACACUGUGCUUUGGGGGAAGACUAAAAGAGAGGAAGUUCCUCUGCUCUCCAGGGUAUAAUCCCUGGGUUUAUGAGAUUUGGAGACACUGCCCUGCACAGCAGAGGUUACAGGUUUGAAGACAGAUUUGAACUCAGCUUUGUCAGAGGUCCUUACCUGAUUUAUUUCUAGCCUAAAGGGAGAGUUGAAUUUGAGAUGUGUCCAGAUGCUUUUUCUCAGGAGCAGUUGUAACAUAGCUCAACACUUCUGUACAGGCACUCUGGCUAGCAAACCCCUCUGUUCAAACAACUGCAUUUAUAAAUCUUUCUUACAAAUAAAAUGUUGUCUUGACAUCCUACUUAUGGUCUUCUACUCAGAAGUGUGAAGUGAUCUGUAAGAUUUGUAGGUCGCUACAAAAAAUACAUACAAGUGGUAUUUGACUCUGUUGCUGUUAUUUCAAAGAAAGAAAGAUAACCCCUUUAAUGGUGCUUUCCUAACAUUAUUUAAAUUCUCUUCAUUCUUACAAGAAGGAAAUGUGAAAAUGUGCUUAUGAAUUGCUUUUGGAAGUAGCUACAGGAGGACAUGACCCGGUCAGUGGCCUUGAGGCCUGAGCGUUGUGCAGUUCAACAAACAUCCCAUGAGAAUUUUAAAAUGCUUAUGGCUGUGCACAAGUGAGGUCCCGUUCAUCCCUCAUUUGCAACAGGACAUCUUCUUGGAGAAUUCUAUUUGAUUUAUAAAGAUGUGUGCAACAGGAUCAAGUCUAGGCAGUUUAAGCAAUUUCUUUCUUUCACCAAUGGAGUUUUGGGGGGUCUGUACAUUUCCAACCUAAUGUUUCACAUCUAGAGCUCUGUACUACAGAGUUUUACCUCAGGAGUCCCCUCAUCAUUUUCCACUUCCUGAGCCUCUCAAGGGUCUGCCUCUUUGCUUGUUCCAUAUCUACACGCUUUCAGUCUUCUGCUAUGCAGGCUUUAGGAGUCCUAUGAAAUCAGGAAAGCUUUCCCUGCACUUUCUUCCUCUCUUUUACCCAUGAAUUAACUUUCCCAGGUUAGAGAGCUGAAGAAUAGAUCUUGGGAAUCUGACUUAGCCUUGAUGAGGGAUGUGGUCAAUAACCAUGAGGCUAUUCCCUUUAUUUCUUCCUGUAGCAGCUUAUUAUGCAAUUACAUUUUUCAGUAAGUUGCAUAUUUUUUUCAGUCUAACGAUCCUUUUGAUGGGGUGACUGUUCACAGGCUUACAAGCAGCGGAAAACUAGAGGAAAGAAUGGAAAAUAUUUCAAAACUUCAGCUGUGUUAUGAUGCAAGUACAGUCUCUGAUUAAGAGUGUAGAGGAGGCAUCCAUUUGAAGCAAGAGAACAUAAGUGCUGUACAGUUUGAUUAAAAGAUGAUUAAGAGGCAUCUAAUUUUUUCCGUGUUAACAGAUUUCCAUUGAUACUGCUGAAGCUAUGGAGUUACGUGGAUUUCGAUGCACUGAGAUACAAAAUACCUAGCCAUGCCCAGCACCUCUUUUGACAACUAGGUAGCUUGCAAACAGGUAGCUGGCUCAGAUUUGCCAUUAUUACCUCUUGCUCUUAAAUCUUCUGCCUGUUUUUCACAGAUGGAUUAGCAGGUUGGCACAGCCUGUAGAACAAUGGAGUGUUAGGCCUCAGCCCAGGGAGCUAAUGAAAUAGGCAGGUCUCACUGCAAGAUUGCUGCUUGUGGAAAUCCAUGACAACUUCUAUUACUGCUUUGGUAGAUAGUGAUACCUAAAGCAUAGUCACUUACAGUAAUUCCCUCUACUUGUAGACUAGCCCAGAAUUAGCAAAACACUCUCAAAUCUCACCCCUCUUGGGAGGUAUAUUUAACCAUACAAUUCUUUAUAUUGCAGUCUGGAAGAGUAUUGAGUUAGGUUGCUCUCCAAGUUAGUGGCAGAGCCAGGAGAAGAGUCUUAUCUUAACAUUUUGACAUUUCUGGGCUUCUAGUCUCACUAAUUGUAGCCAUAGUGAUGGGAUACUGUCAGGCACAGGGUUUUCUUUCCAGUAUUUAUUGUGAUAGAUUAGGAGCGCACUGUUUUUCAGAGCACUUUCUGUAAUGCAGGACAUUUUUGUGUGCAUCAUGUAGAGCUCUUCAUUGGAGUUUGCUCUUCUCUCUACAAAUAGAUACCCCAGCUUUUUGUUUUACUUGGUUUUACUCAGUUGUGGUGUUUACGUUACACCAGCUUGAGGGGGGAAGGAAGGGAAUUUUUCUGUAUAUUAACUGUCUGGGUGAUUUUCUACAGCUGCUUGAAGGAUAUGUCUGUUACUUAUAUUGUAACUUGGAUUCUAUAGACAUAUGGCAGAAAACACAAUUCUCCAGAAAGCAAAAGAUUUUGACUGAUGGAAAACAGAGGACAGCAAUCCAAGAGAAAUCCUGCCAGAGGAGGAGUAUGAACCUGAAGUUUACUGUUUGAAAGUAGACUUCUGCCUUGGGCUUAAGUACGACACUCAGCCAGUUCUACCAUUGACUUCAGUGUGGGUCUGCGCAGAUGCAAAGAACUGCUUUUUGGACCUGACUAAGUCUGGAGCUUAAGUAUUGUUUUGGCAUUCAUAAUGAUUUGGAAAUAUAGUGGUUGGCCUGAACUCCUUAAGCAGUGGGACAAUUACAGAAAUGUAGAGAGCCUGUGAAUUGAGGCUUAUCUGGCUUUACAUAGUGACUGACGGAGUUACUGACUGGCAGUUAUGUCGGUCAAACUCACAUUUGUGUCCCCUGGUGAUGGGGGUGGUAUCAGCAGGAGUUGUUCCUUCACUGGCUUCAGCACUGUGCAAAGCAGAAAACUGGCAAAAUCUCUCGGCAGAAGUUCAGUGAGAUCAAGAAUGUCACUGAAAUCCCCCAAGGCUUACAACUCCCUGCAGAAAGGGGCAGUCAUCUGGGAUCCAAAGCCACUGCAGGUGAAGAAAAUUUUUGAAGCUUUGAAGAAAGGACUUAAUGAAUACUUGGAAGCACACCAGGCUGAACUGGAUUAUCUUUCUGGUCGACACAAAGAUACAAAAAGGAACUCCAGAUUGGCUUUCUACUAUGACCUGGAUAAGCAAAUCCGCUUGGUGGAGAGGUACAUCAGAAAACUGGAGUUUCACAUAAGCAAGGUAGAGGAACUCUAUGAAGCUUACUGUAUCCAGUGCAGACUGCGAGAUGGGGCUGCAAAUAUGAAACAUGCCUUUUCCUUGUCUCCUUCCACCAAAGCCUCCAGAGAGAGUCUAGUGGAGCUUUACAAGAACUUCCAAGAGUGCACAGAGGACAUGUGCUUUAUAGAAGGGGCAUUGGAGGUCCAUUUGGGAGAGUUUCACUUGAAGAUGAAAGGGUUGGUGGGCUUUGCACGUCUCUGCCCAGGGGACCAGUAUGAGGUGUUUGUGCGACUGGGGCGCCAAAAAUGGAGGUUGAAAGGCAAGAUUGAGACUGAUGACAGCCAGACAUGGGAUGAAGAAGAAAAGAUCUUUAUACCGAAUCUCCAUGAGAAGCUUGAAAUCAAGGUGACAGAGCUGCGAGGACUGGCCACUAUUCUAGUUGGUGUUGUGACGUGCGACAGCAUAAACUUCUUUACAACCAAGCCUCAGGCAAUCAUUGUGGACAUAACUGAACUGGGAACCAUCAAGCUACAGCUGGAGGUCCUCUGGAACCCCUUUGACACAGAGAACCUCUUCUUGUCACCUGGAACCACUGCCAAGUUUUCUGUGAGUAGCAGGAAAAGCUCAUUAUACAACUGGACCCCACCAAAUACUCCCAGCUUCAGAGAGAAAUACUACCUGUCUGUUCUGCAACAAAGGCAGAGCCAAGCGGAUGGAAGUGAUGCUCAGCCUCCCAGCAUACUGAGCUACUUGGCUGCCUGUGAUUUCGAUGUGCAUGGGAGGAGCAAGCCUUGCACCCCAGCGGAGACAAGCGAGGCGGACUCGUUCAGCUCUGAGGAUCAGAAAGGGACGGAAUCCAGAACUGCAACUCCAGCUCUAGACCACAGGACGUUGCCAUUGGUGAUGAUCCAAGAGACUUGUGCAGAAGAGCGGCAGCAUCCUCUUCCAGAUCACACAACUCUGGAUAUCCUGAAGAAGACGCCGUGUGUGGAUGGAUUUCCAAGUAACCCACCGAGUUUUCGGAGUCGUCACAAAGGUGGAGAUUCUUUCCAUCAGCCCAGAAACCACCGGCUGACAGAGCAUGAAGACUUCAGCCAGAAAAGCUUGAAUGCUGCAAAUGACCUAAAGCUAGAUGGACAUACAAAGUCAAUUGAUAAGACUCUCCAAGAAGUGUUAAAUUUGCUGAAGUCACAUAAUGUGGUGCAAGCCCAGCUGGAGAAAUUGGAGUACCAGGUCUCAUCUCUGAGGGAUAAAUUAAAGCUAAAGCCACUGCAUCACAAACACUCAUCUAUGGAAAGCUUAAUGGUGGAGACAGUACUGGAAAGUUUUGACUUUUUAAACGCUGACUGCAGCGCUGAUGAGCUCUCGUUGUUCGGAAGCGUCCGGACAGCCAGUAUCAGCACGUACAAUGACAACACACUGCAGUCCCUGAGCUGUGACACGAGAACAGAAACAAGAGAUGUAACUACAGGUGAUGACAACUUAGACACACUAUUGGUAACUCAUCUGAAGCUGUGCAAAGGCCUUUUGCAGAAACUGAGCUCACCCAGUGUGGCCCAGGUUGUCCAGAAGAGCAUCCUGGAAGAAGUGUCGGAGCAGACUCGGGUCCUGGGUGAUGUCUUGGAUCUGUCUGUUGAAGAAAUUAUUCAGAAGACAAAGAAGAAGAAGCAGUACCUGAAGAUCUGGAGUGACCUUGCAGAGCCCAGCAGCAUCUUGUUUGCUUCAGCAGAAAGAUUCCGUCACGCACUAAAAUACACCCUGAUGCUCAAAGUGAAGGAGAAAUACCCCCAUCAGUUAGAAGCAGUGCUGCAGAGGUUGCUAGAGCAGAUUGUCACCUGUGAUGGGCUGCUCCCCUGCCUGCCCCUCCAACCAGAACUGGUGACUUCAUUCCAGUUUUACAGCUACCUGGAGAAGCACCACAUCACCAGCCUGGAGAAACACUUGGGAAAACUUGCUAAAGAAGUGAUGUUGAUCGAGGAGCUGCAGUGCCCUGGACGGCUGAAGACUCUUAAGAAGCUGAAAGGAAAGCGGCUGAACCGGCUCCAGCCGCUGCCGCAGACGUUGCGGCUCCUGGGGCUUCUGCAGCUGGAUGACAACCACCGCGUCAGCAAAGCGGCCACGGCCUGUCUGUGCCGUGCGGCGGCGAGCCGGAACUGCAGGGAAAAGGCUCUCUUGUUUUACACCGAUGCUUUAGCUGACUCUGACACAAGACUUCAGCAAGCUGCUUGUUUGGCUCUUAAAAACCUCAGAGGUGUUGAGAGCAUUGAGCAGGUUGCCCAGCUGUGCCAGUCCGAAGCAGAGGAAGUGAGGAAUGCAGCCAGAGAAACAACACUGUCCUUCGGUGAACAGGGCCGGCAAGCCUUUGAGAAGAUGGACAGGAUUUGCUGUGAACUCAGAGACACCGUACAGCAAGAAGCUGAGAUCGAAAUCACAGUAUUUUAGCAACAGAGACAAGGAGCCACAUCGUGGUGUCCCACAGCCACACAUGGGUACCUGAGGAGCUGGUUGUGGUGUUUGUCAGUAUCUGGUUUACUUAUGCCCUGCUUAAGUAAGCACAGAUCUAUUCCCCAAGGGGCACCUUGCAGUCUGCAUGAAGCAGGUGGGAAUACUUCUUUACUGUCUCAGCACAUGAUGAAAUACCAAGUGCUGGACAAAUGAAAACUGGGAUCCCUUAGAAUAUGGAACCAGGUUGAGUUGAACUCCCCAUCUUACUGGAAUCAGCUGCCCUGCUCAAGAGCUGUUUUUCCAUUAAGUCUUCUAUUUAUUCCUUAUAGAGGAGAGAAAUGAUCCCUCUCCAGCAGUCCAUCUAGAAACCAGCAGACACCAGGUCGUUUACAGCAACUGCCCCAUCCAUCAAAGACUAUCCGGUGGUAUUGCUUGGUGUUUCCUUCCCUUGUACAGUUCAGUUGCAUAAGGAAAGCUUCAAGCCAAUUGCAUCAUCAUUGCAGCUUAGGACAGGGGACUAAGCAAGGACUGACACAUGGAUCCUCAGCAGUUACUGUACCUGGCUUGUGCAGGUCUGAGAGACACGGACAGCUCUGGAGAAGUUGGUUUGGUGUUGUUGUUGGUUUUAAAAUGUAUUCAUUUAGCCAUAGGUCAAAACUUCUCAUAAUUACACAGUGUUGUCAGGCUCCUUACUCAACAUUGGCUACCCUCCAGUGAGCUCACUAUGAAAAGAAGCCUGGCUUCAGGUAAAAUACUUGACAGGGUUUGGCUUUUGUGUGUAUAUAUUUUUAUACAUAACUUUUUCUAUUCAGUAUUUAUUUGUUGGAUUUCAUCCUGUUUUCUACAAUUCUAAUAAAACAUUUGAGACAA